GACUACAUGGCAUCGGAUGCGUUCGAGACGCAGUGGUGCGCGGUGCUGGAUGCGGCUUACCACGGCAUACAGAAGCAGAGCUACGCCAUUACGACCCAGGUGCAGAGCAAGAACCACGACUACGUCGUGGUGCUGCACAAGCUCGUUGAGCUGGCGAUGGAUCGGGAUGCGCCGCAGCUACCGCACAGCCAGCUGAUCGGGUGCUUUGUGCGCGCGAUCAACGAUCAAGCGAUGCGGGACAGUUUUGGUGUGUGCUUUCUGCACGUGCUGAACAAGUUCGUGCUGUGCUCCAAGUGGUGCCUAACGCCGGUGAGCUACGAGCACUGGAAAGAAAUUCUUGACUGCUGUUUAGUGAUGCUGGAUACAGCGCACGUACCAAAGCACUUGGCGGCCAACUGUCUCUCGCUGGCUGUGGUGAAAUUUUUAGCCAACUGCUCGAUGCAAACACUGCUGGCGGACUAUUUGAGCCGGCUGAUUGUCCACCUGCGCCAGGCGGUAAACGAGAAGAAAAGUAACGUUUUAUGCGAUCUGAUAAACAUAGCUUUGUACAUAACAGAAGCGAUAGCGGUGGAUUGUAAGGCGAAGAUCAUUGCAUUCUUGGAGUCGCUCGUUCCAUGCACGGUGAAACUUACAAGGAAGCAAACUUGCGCAAGGAACAGAAAGUGUCACUGUUCCGGUUGA